AUGCAGCCGCGUACGUUGCCAGUCGCCCUUCCCUUCACCCCCAUUAAGGCCAGUAUCGCCACUACAAUUCGACGCGCCGGGCAGAUUUGCAGUGGUCUUUACUCUGCCUGGGAACGGGUGCAAGUCAGUCGUCAUGGAGCGUACACGGCGAGACGUGCCCGUGUCCUCAAACGCUACGUCCAUUCGGCGUCAACGGCUCGAGUCUUAACGGCGUGUGCACUCACGCCACUGCCGGUUUUGGCCUUCGUGCUGCUACAAGAACUGGUACCUCUUGAUGAGCCACAAGCAGGAUGGCGAGCCAACUAUCGAUGGUUCAUUAGAUCCACGGUCAUAUUCAUGGUGCUCACCCUCAGCUACGUUCAACAGGGCGUCAUCUUCCUCGCACCGCUCAAGGUAUCAAGGAAGCAGACACUAAUCAUCACCUUGUCUACGACUGUGGCGUAUUUCGUCGUGCUCGUGACUGUUAGCACAGCCUGGGUUUUCCCGAUCCCGUUCGCCUGCGUACUUACCACUGCCGUUUUCACUCUCGUCUUCUUUGGGUUAUUCGUCGCGGUUAUCGGCAACCGGACACUGACGAAUACGCCGCGAUUGUCAGCCCACGCCCGCAUCUGGAAGGGGGUUUUGAUCGUGGAA